AUGCUUUCACUUUUAGCUGCAACAGCAUUACUGUUUGGAAUACCAUUGAAAUACCUGUCACUACUCAUCUUGGUGGUGCAAAACAGUGCCUUGAUUCUGGUUAUGCGUUAUACGCGAGCAAGUGUUCCAGAGGAUCAACGUUAUCUUGCGUCCACGGCAGUGAUUAUGAGUGAAGUUACAAAGACGUUGGCAUGUCUCGCAGUGUUGUACAAUAUCCCUCGUCGCCGGUCGAUGGCUAGACUGGGCGCAUUCUUGCACAGAGAAAUGGUCGUCAAGUGGCGAGAAUGCAGUAAAUUGGCAUUUCCCGCUAUUCUUUAUUUGAUCCAGAACAACUUGCAAUACGUAGCAGCUACCAACCUCGAUGCGGCCACCUUUCAAGUAACUUACCAACUCAAGAUCUUGACAACCGCCUUUUUCAGCGUCGUUCUCUUGCGCAAACCUCUUUCACGCCUCAAAUGGAUCUCUCUCGCUUUGCUUACCGCUGGUAUCGCUCUUGUUGUUUUACCCAAGGACACCUCUUCCUACAUCAUGGCAUGGUUCUUCAGCAGUGAUUUACAAACCAGCGCUAUCGAGGAAUCUGAAGGUGAUAGUCUUGGCAACCAAUCGAAUGCACAAGGUUUCUUCGCCGUCUUGAUGGCAUGCUUGCUUUCGGGUCUUGCUGGUGUUUACUUUGAAAAGAUCUUGAAGGCACCUGCCAAACAGCAACCAGAUCAACAACAAAUGCAGGAUAUUGAAGGCAAGGUGAAUGUUCCAUCUGAGGACGAUGACGACGACGACCAUCAUCAUCACCAUGACGACGAGAUCAGCCCUGAGGCAGCUGCACUAUGGAUCCGCAAUGUUCAAAUGUCUUUCUUUUCUAUCCUCGUGGGUAUGGUCUUUGUGGUGCUUUUGCAGGAUGGUACCACUAUUGCCGAAAAGGGAUUCUUUGUCAACUACACUCCCCUUACUUGGUGUGUGAUUGGUAUUCAAGCCUUUGGUGGUUUGAUUGUUGCUCUGGUAGUCAAGUAUGCAGAUUCCAUUCUCAAGGGCUUUGCUACUAGUAUCAGCAUCAUUCUCUCCAGUCUUAUGAGUGUUUGGCUCUUUGGAUUCAGUAUUACGUUUACUUUUGUACUUGGUGCUGCUCUGGUCAUCUACGCCACUUAUCUUUAUGGCUUGUAG